UUGUGCAUCAGUUCACCAGAACACCCGGAACUAGACGGAGCCGCGCAUUAACCGAACGUCCCCUCACGCAGCUCAGCCCUCCACCUGUGUGCGUGCGCGCUCUCGAGUUUCUCUCCAAACAGGUUUGACGGGGACACACCUGCCGCUCAGAGACAGGAAGCUCCGUGUGCGUAUUUGAGGUUCGACACUCCGGCUGUGAGCUCAGUGGACGGCGGACGGACGAGAACACAAGGACACUUUCGACGCUUUGAAAAGUUUGUGUUGCUUUUUUAAAAGUCCCAACAUGAAGAUGUGGAUCGUGCUCGUGCUCGCGGCCAUGGCGGCGGGGGCCUCUGCUCAGAGCUGUUCAUGUGAAACUAUGAAGUGGGCCACCUGCGAUGGAACUCCGUGUAAGUGCUACGUCAUGGUCGGCCAAAACGAGAAACAAUUCCUGAACUGCACUUCCUUGGUCCCCAAGUGCAUCUUAAUGAAGGCCGAGAUGUACCGAGCCAGAAAGGGCAUGGACACGCGUAUAUUGGGAGGAAAGCCCGAUGAGUCCGCCUUCGUGGACAACGAUGGCAUCUAUGACCCAGACUGCGAGAACGACGGAAAAUUCAAGGCCAAGCAGUGCAACAACACCGAGGAGUGCUGGUGUGUCAACAGUGCUGGUGUGCGGCGAACUGACAAGGAAGACAAGAAUAUUAAGUGUGAGAAGCUGGUGGAGACCUACUGGGUUCGUCUUCAGCUGACUCACAAAGAGGUUGGAAAAGAAGUGAAUGAGGCCAAGUUGAAGACUGCCAUUGCGGAGGCCAUUCACAAGCGUUACAAGAACUUCAACAAGGACAUGGUGGAUGAAAUCAAGUAUGACCCUAAAGCCCGCAUGAUUGUGGUGGAUGUCAAGAAGCCAAAAGGGGAGCGCAAGAGUGACCUGACCCACAUGGCCUACUACAUGGAGAAAGACGUGAAGGUGCUGCCUCUGUUCAAGAACCAGGAGAAGUUUGAGCCCAAUGUGGACGGCCAGACGCUGGAGAUGACGAACAUCCUGGUGUACUAUGUGGACGAGGAUCCCCCGACCUUCACCAUGAAGCACCUGUCGGGCGGGAUCAUCGCAGUCAUCGUGGUGGUGGUUCUGGCGGUGGUUGCUGGCCUGCUGGUCCUGUUCUUUGCCAGAAGGCGUCAGAACCAGCAAUACAACAAGGCUCAGCAAAGAGAGAUGGACCCCAUGUAACACCUUCAUUGCAGCGCCAGUCUUAUGAAGAGUCAGCUUUGUACAUCAGCUUUUUGGAUGAACAUCUUUUGCAGUGGGAUUGUGCCUUUUUUCACCAUUUUACUUGAGGAAUGCAGAUGGAUCAACUUGCUCUUUGUCGAUGUCGUUGGCACUACCGGUAUCGCCAUUUAUUUAUAAAUUGUGUAAAGUGUUGAACUUGUCAUCCAAUCUGCACGCCAUAAAGAACUGUGCUUUUUAAAAAUACGCUUGGCCACAUUUUAAUGUUAGAACCUUUUGAUUGUUUUAAUUUCCAUGUCAUAGACUGUACAGUUUCUUUCUUACUAAUGUGUGUUUGACGGAUUGUUUUUAAUAAAAUAUGUUUUAAAAGAC